AUGAGCAGCAUCCGAUGGCCGAGGCAUCUCAACCCCAUCCACGUGGCCCACCUCAUCCGCCUCCAGAAGAACCCCAUCACUGCCCUCUACAUCUUCAACGAGGCCAAAACCAGGUUCCCCACCACCUACCAUCACAACGGCCCUGUCUACGCCACCAUCAUCUCCAUCCUCGCCAGCUCCAACCAUCUCACCCACAUGAAGCACGUCCUCUACCAGAUGAAAUCCGAUUCCUGCCAGUGCAAGGACUCAACCUUUGCCGAUGCAAUCAGAGCCUUCGCCAAAGCAGGCCGCGUUGACGAUGCCAUCGAGCUCUUCGCCAGUAUCCCACAGUUCAAUUGCGUGAAUUGGACUCGUUCCUUCAAUACGCUUCUGCAGAUAAUGCUUUCAGAAGGGGAUCUUGAAAAUGCAUAUAGUCUCUAUUUGGAGAAUUCCAAUAGAUGGGAGGUCAAGAUGGGGAUUCAGUCUUUUAAUCUGUUGGUUGCUGCUCUUUGUAGGAUGAACCGUUCCGAACUUGCGCUUCGGGUGUUUGUGGAAAUGACAGAGCAGUGCUGCUGCCCCGAUCGGGACACGUAUCGGAUUCUGAUGAAGGGAUUAUGUGAUGAUGGGAGAUUAGACGAUGCGGUCCACCUACUUUACUCUAUGUUCUGGAGGAUCUCGCAGAAGGGGUGUGGCGCUGAUGUUGUUGUUUAUAGGAUUCUUCUUGAAGCUCUCUGCGAUUGUGGGGAGUUCGAAGAGGCUGAGAGGAUACUCGGGAAGGUUUUGAGGAAGGGAUUGAAGGCUCCCAAGCGUUGGUGCCGGGUGCCAGAUCUUGGGGCUAAUUUUGCGGGCCAUGGGAGUUUGGAUGCAGUUAAGGGUCUGAUAAAUGAUGCUUUGGUUACAGGCGGAGUUCCGAGUUUGGCUAGCUAUAGUGCUGUAAUUGUUGAUCUUUACUCCGAGGGGAAGAUUGAGGAUGCAGAUCGCCUGUUCGAUGAGAUGUGUGAGAGAGGGUUUAGGCCAUCAGUUUUGAUGUACGAAGCAAAGAUAGCGGCAUUGUGUCGAGAUGGGAGGGCAGGAGAUGCAACAAAGGUGGUGGAAGAGGAGAUGAUGGAGAAGAAUUGCGUGCCCACAGUGAGGACGUAUAAUGCAGUGAUGGGAGGCCUUUGUAAGGCAGGGAUGUCAAUGCAGGCUGUUGGGUAUUUGGAGAGGAUGGGUAGGCAGGUGGGAUGUGUGGCGGAUCAGACGACGUAUGAGAUUUUGGUCAAUGGGUUGUGCUGUGAAGGACGGUUCAUUGAGGCGGGACGUAUAAUGGAGAGGAUGGUGGAUAAAAGGUGUUGGCCUUGUAAGGCUAUUUUCAAUAGGCUAAUCAGUGGGCUAUGCAUGAUGGGUAGGAGAUAUGAGGCUGUGCUGUGGCUAGAGGAGAUGGUCAGCCAAGGAAAGACGCCUGAGGUGUUUGUGUGGAACUCUCUGGUGGCUGCAUUUUGUUGCGAUGCUGAUUGUGUGGAGUUACUUCCCCAGAUGAUACUUGAAGAGGACUGAGGCUUUGGGUGUAUAAAUGAUCUUCAUCUCUUUCAAAUUGCUGCAAUUUGGAUGGGAGAUUGCUUGGAAAUUGCAGCAAUUGGGUGAUUCUAAUUGUCCGAUCAGUGGCCUCGAAGUUAGUUUGUUAGAGACAGUGGGCCACAUUCAUGGAAAGUUGUCAGAACUGUUUAACUCUCUAGCGACUGCAUCUUGCUGCGAUGCAGAUUGUGUGGAUUUGCUUCGGCAAUUGAUGUUUGAAUAGGAUCGAGGAGAGGAGGAUCGAGGAGAUGCGGGUGGAGCAUGCGCGACGGAUAGAGAUGUUUCAGGCUAUCACUGCAUGCUUACCCACCGAUGCCCUACCACCUCUGCCUUCAUCUGAUGCCCCACCACCUCCGCCUUCAUCUUUGUGAUUUUUUGUAUUUUAUUUAUGAUUUAUUUUAUAUACGAAUGUUAAACUUAUAUGUAUUUGUGCGUGGAUGAAUGUGAUGUGGAUAAGAUUGUUUGUGUA